ACAAGUACACCUCCUUUUUGUUUGUUCUUCCCAUGUGAUCUUCCCUUGGAGGAUGUGCGAACUCUCUUCUGGCUCUGCACUCACACUCACAGACCAUUUGCCUCACCCAAUUUCUACCAAUUAUUUCCCUUCCUUUUUUACUCUCAUUUCAUUCCAUUCCAUUCCGUUUUUCCAUCCAUUUCUCUGUUUUUUCUUUCUCUUCCACCAAUAAAUCUUCUUCAAAAAUCUUCAACUUUUUUAAGUUACACAGAAAAAUAAAAACAACCCAUUUCAAAUCAAGCAAAAAUAAUUUGUGGGCAUUACAAAAACAGGAUAAAAAGAGUGAAGAUUCUCCCAGUAAGAUCUCUACUAACAAACUCUGUUUUUGGUUUGAUUUUGAGUGAUUAAAUUAGAUGAAUAUUAUUGUUAUUAUGAGCAAAUGACGAUGAAGUCACUAAGCAGGAUUGGAAUCGGGUUAAGUGUAGUAUUUACAUGUUUAUUAUUAGCAUUAGUUGCUGAAAUCUACUACUUAUUAUGGUGGAAAAGGAGAGUAAUUAACAGAGAGAUUAAGGAUAAUCCAACAAGAACAGAGUUCUUUACAAUAUGUUGUUUGAAAGAAUCUCGCAAAUCUUCAGUUUUCGACGCUUCGACAAGAAUCGGAAACGACGAAAACAACAAACAAGAUUACUCGGUAAAACCAUUGGAGGAAAACGGUGUUUUGGGGGUGGAAUUGAUGCUUACAGGACCACCAAGGUUUCUGUUUCCAAUUAAAGAGGAAACAAGGGAAGAUUUGGAGUCUGAAGAUGGGAAAUCAAGAGAAGGGAAAAGGAGUUUAAGUGAUUUAAUUAAGAAUGAUAAUAAUGUUGUUAGUCCUCAAUAUUUAACACCAAUUUCUUCACCAUUUUUGACACCAAUGGGUUCGACCCAUAGUAGUCAAAGUGGUAAUGGGUAUAACCCGUUUUAUGAAGCUUCAAGUGAUGCUGAGUUUAAUAAGAUUGUUAAGCUUUCGCCGCCGCCUAAGUUUAAGUUUUUAAGGGAUGCUGAAGAGAAAUUGCAGAAGAAGCUUAUGUUGAUUCAAGAAGCAAAAAUGGAGGCCAAUGUGAAUAGAAUUAGGGAGGAAGAAGAUGAAGAUAAUGGGUCUAAUUUGAUUUCGAUUAUUGUUGAUAAGAAUAAAGAAAAUGGGUCUAAUUCUUCUUCUUCAGAGGUAAUUUCUCAAUCGAAUAGAAAAUUUAAGAGUUUUUUAGCCAUGUAAUUAAUAUGUGGUGAUUUUUUUUGUUUGGGGUUGUUUUGUAAUUUUCUACGAAAAUAUAAUUUGGGAUUUUUCUUAAAUCUCAAUGGUGGUAUUGUGGGGAUGCAAAUUUUGGUUAUGGUGCAUUUACCUACAAUUAUUUUGUUUUCUUUUUUAUUUUUCUUUUAACUUGUGAGAAUUAGGGGAAAAAAUUGUAUCAUACACUUCUUUGAUUCCACAAUAUUUUGACA